GUACAAUUUAUUUCAUUUGAAACAUUAUUUUCCACACAGAGAUAAAACAAAAUUUGAACAAAAAGGAAAGAAGUAAAAAAAAAAAAAAAAAAUUGAAGUAAAUAUGUAGAUGGCAUUGUUUGUGUGAUGUGAGUGAAACGAAAAUGGCGACGGAGCGUCAAUCCAAGAGUUGGAGCAUCCAUACCCGAUCGGAGAUCAUCGCCAAGUACCAAAUCAUGGAACGAAUCGGCUCCGGAGCUUACGCCGAUGUUUACCGUGGCCGUCGUCUCUCCGACGACCUAACAGUUGCUCUCAAAGAAAUCCACGACUACCAAUCCGCCUUCCGAGAAAUCGAAACAUUGCAAAUGCUUCAAGGUUCUCCAAACGUCGUCGUUUUGCACGAAUACUUCUGGCGUGAAGACGAAGACGCUGUUAUCGUUCUUGAAUAUCUCACCACCGACUUGUCUACCGUCAUUUCCAAUGCCGCCAAGGAAGGUAUUCCACUUCCCGUUGGUGAGAUAAAGCGCUGGAUGAUUCAGAUUCUUUCCGGUCUUGAUUCCUGUCACCGGAAUAUGAUUGUUCAUCGUGAUUUGAAGCCUUCUAAUCUCUUGAUUUCUGAUUCUGGUAUUCUCAAAUUGGCUGAUUUUGGACAGGCAAGGAUACUCACAGAACAUGGAUUUGAUGCUUUUGAGGAAAAUCCACCACCAUGUGAGAAUGAUAGUUCUAACAAUGAAAGUUCACUUCAUGUGAGAUGUGAAAAUCAAGAGCAGGGAAGCAGUCAUGAAGAGUAUAUUGGUGUUUCAGAUGAGCUGAAAACAAAGAGAUCUGCGGAUGAUGUUGAUAAGGAUACAAAUAUUCUGGAUGGAAAUACUUCUUGCCUUGCAACGUGCACAACAAGUGAUAUGGAUAAUGAUCCUAUGAGAACUUCUUUUAGUUAUGAAGCAACGGAGGGGGAAGAUAGAGAAAGUGGUGGUUUCACGUCAUGUGUUGGAACUCGCUGGUUCCGUGCUCCUGAAUUGCUUUACGGAUCUAUUAACUAUGGUUUAGAAAUUGAUCUUUGGUCACUUGGAUGUAUUUUUGCUGAGCUCUUGACUCUUAAGCCCUUGUUUCCUGGAACGGCUGAUAUUGACCAGCUCAGUAGAAUUAUUAAUGUUUUGGGCAACCUAGAUGAGAGAGCUUGGUCUGAUUGUUCAAAACUUCCUGAUUACGGAAUAAUCUCGUUUAGCAAGGUAGAAAACCCUGCUGGUGUUGAAGCCUGCCUGCCCAACCGCUCACCCGAUGAAGUAUCUCUUGUCAAAAAACUGGUUUGUUAUGAUCCGGCUAGGAGGGCUACAACAAUGGAGCUACUCCAUGACAAGUACUUUAUUGAAGAACCUCUUCCUGUUCCUGUUUCUGAGUUGCGAGUUCCUUUGACCAGAAAUACAGAAGACGAGGAUUCUGUUGGUGGGUGGCAGGAUUACAAUGACAUGGGUUCUGAUUCUGAUUUUGAUGACUUUGGCCCUGUGAAUUUCACCAGAACUGGUACCGGUUUCUCCAUACAGUUUCCUUGAACUUGAUGGAUUUGAGAAACAUCAUAUUCUGGGAAUUUCUGUUUCCAUUUUUGAUGUUCACCUGAUAUUUUACUCGCGGAACAUGUGGAAAGUCCUCAGUGAUGAGACUAUGUGUAAGAUAAUAUCUUUUUCUGUUAUAACAUGUUUUGUGAACUAAAGGAUAAAUUGUGAAAAGCAAGCAGCAUAAUGGAAUGUGUGUUAGUGUUACACAUUACAAUGAUAUCUGUAGUUGAUGUAAUACAGCAUUUUUUGAACACUGAACUUUCUGUGAGUGGACUAAACUCCUAUGGUCCUGCCAUUAAAUGUUCCCGAGUGGAAAUUUUCGCAA